UGUGGAGUUACCUUGUACCAUUCCCAAAUAUCAAACCGAAUGUUCGAUUCGAUAGGAUUCAGUAUUUUAGUGGUAUUCUUCUGUUAAAUACUUUUUGGUUUAGUUUUCUCGUUUUUUCCGAUAAUUUUCAUACAAAUAAAAAUUGGAGAGCACUCGGUUCCCCUUCCCCGUCAAUGAUCGACAAUUCCCAGUUGAUCAUGGCGGAGAUGCCGGAGAAAGGGGAGAGCAACGGGCGGCGGCGAGACGGCGGGAAGGGGAGGACGAGGACAAAGGUGCAGCUAAACCUGGGCAAUAGCGGCGGGAUUCUGGUACUGGUCGGUGGGCUGAUGGCCACUGCCAUUCUUUCUUCAGUUUUCCGAAGGCGGAGGAAACCGGUUGACGAGGUCCAUAACACCCCAGAGGCGGAGGAGGACGGCGGCGCGGAGGCCGACAGUGUCGGCGACGAUGAGGACUUGCCGAAGAAUUCGGCUCAACUCAUCCUACCAGAUUCUUCCCCUCUCACGCAUCAUCAAGAACACGUGAAUUUACGAGACAACCAGACCGAUAUGCAGGGGAGCGAUGAUGAAGAACUGGAGAGCCCAGCAAGUGGUGUCCAUGACACCAUUCCAGAAGAUCAAGAAAGCCCUCCGAAUGCUACGGGGGAUUUGAAUGAGACGAAGUUUGAUGUUUCUGCAGCAAAAGAAGAAAUGGAAAUUACCUGUUGUGUAGAUAACGAUGAUGAUGAUGAUGAUGAUCAAAAGAAAUAUACAUACCCAGAUAUUCUUGAUGAUCCUACAACGAAUAAUGUAGUGAAAACCCAAGAUUUAGAUUCUAUUCAUGAUCCUAAAGAUGGUGUGGCCAUUCAUGGUCUGAUGAGACUCCAAGAGCAUAAUGUGAAAGAAGAAGAAGAAGAAGAAGAAGAAGAAGAAGAAGAGAUAAUAGCGGAAGCCAUUAAUGGCGGCGACAAGCAGCAGAAAAAUGAUAGCGAUGAUUGUAUGAAGAUGAAAAAUUAUAUUCUGGACCGUCGUUUCACAACCACGUUCGGAUCAGAAAGGAGAAUGGUAAUUGCAGGAGUUGUUGCAUUGACCGCGGUAAUGUGUUCUUGUUUCUCGUGCUUGUUUGGGAUAUCUUUCUUGAAGUAUUGCAUUGUAUUGUUGCCUUGUCUGGCAUCUAUGGCGGUCUUGUUCUCCAACUUCAACAAAUUCUAGCUACACAUUAAAUAAAAGUUAAGCUAGUAUGAUUAAUUAAUCAUAGAACUAUGCUGUUUGGUUAACAUCUACUGCACUAGGAUGAGGCAAAUUUUGCAAUUUCGCUACCAUUUUGGUAUUCGAUUGUCACCCGGGCCGCUAGGGAGGACUCAUACUGAAGAGUACCAAAUUGGUCUCAAAUGAAUCAGUGUCAUUUUA